CAUCUUAACUAUAUAUAGAGACAGCGGCAACCUCUGCGCCACCGCAGUCCCCCACUUUCCUGCCGGAACUGAAAAUGUCGCUCGCCUUCGUCACCUCUUUCUCCGGCAACAGCGUUGGGAGUUUGAGGAAUACUUUUCCACGCCAUGGAUUUCCAGUUACGGCCAAUAAAUCAUCUCUCACCUUUAGAUGCAGCCUUACUACAACAGAGUUAAGGAAAAAAUUGAAAGAGAAGUUCAAGGAGGAAGACAACGAUUCUAGGGAAACUGCAAUUGUUCAUAUACCAUCUAAUCUGUGUGUAAUUGACACCCUUCAAAGGUUGGGACUCAACCGUUACUUCCAAUCCGAAAUCGACACUAUUCUAGAGAGCACAUACAUGUUGUGGCAACAAAAACACAAAAUUAUGUUUUCCAAUGUUGCUACUCAUGCAAUGGCAUUUAGACUUUUGCGAGUUAAAGGAUAUGAAGUUUCCUCAGAGGAACUUGCACCAUAUGAUAAUCAAGACGGCGUUAGCCAGCAAACAAUUGACGUGGCGAUGGUUAUCGAGCUUUACAGAGCAGCGCAUGAGAGAAUAUACGAAGAAGAGACCACUCUUGAGAAUAUACUUGCUUGGACCACCACUUUUCUCAACCACCAGUUGCAUAGUAACUCCAUUCCUGAUAAGAAAUUGCACAAAUUGGUGGAAUUCUACAUGAAUAACUACCAUGGCAUACCCAUAAGGUUGGGAGUUAGAAGAAACCUCGACUUAUAUGACAUGAGCCAUUAUCAAGCUCUGAGACUUAAAAAUAGAUUCUCAAAUAUAUGCAAUGAAGAUUUUAUAGCAUUGGCGAUGCAAGAUUUCACUAUUUGCCAAGCUCAGUACCACAAAGAACUUCAACAACUGCAAAGGUGGUAUGCAGACUGUAGACUGGACACUUUGAAGUUUGGAAGACAAGUGGUAUUCAUUUCUUAUUUUCUGGCUUCAUUAGUCAUCGAUGAUUGUGCGACGUCUGCUCAUGCUCGUCUGGCCUUUACCAAAACAACUGUUCUUGUAACCCUUAUCGAUGAUUUUUUCGACUAUGGUGGUUCAAGAAAAGAGUGCUACCACAUUCAUGAAUUAGUCAAUGAAUGGAAAGGAAAGGCGAGUGCAGAAUACGAAUCAAAGGAAGUUGAGAUCCUUUUCACAGCAUUGUACAAUACAGUAAACGAAUUGGCAGUGAUGGCUGGUGUAGAACAAGGACGCAGUGUCAAAGAAUUUAUAAUUGGAAUGUGGGUUGAAGUACUAUCAUCAUUCAAAGUAGAAUUAGAUACAUGGAGCGAUGGCUCGCAACAAAGCUUUGAUGAGUACAUGUCUACGUCGUGGUUAUCGAUUUCUGGAAAAAUCGUAAUUCUUGUGGCCUUGCAAUUCAUUGGCGUAAAGUUGUCCGAUGAGAUGCUCAUGAGUGAAGAGUGUAGUGAUUUGUCUAGGCACGUCUCAAUCAUUAUCCGCCUUAUCAACGACGUCUGCAGUUUUGAGAAGGAACGCAGGGAGAAUAAAGGGAACAACUGUAUGAGCAUUCUAUUAGCCGAUGGAAGAGGCGUUACUGAAGAGGAAGCUAUUGCAGAGAUAAAAGAAAUAGUUGAAAAUCACAGGAGAAAAUUAAUGCAAAUUGUGUACAAAAAGGGAACAAUUUUGCCGAGAAGAUGCAGAGAUACAUUUAUGGAGACAUGUAAGGCUGCUUCUUAUGUUUACACUAGCAGCGACGAAUUUACUACUCCGCAAAAGUUGAAGGAAGAUAUGAAAUCCUUCCUUGGUUUAUAAAACUCUAAAAAGCGGAAAACAUCGACGAAAAUGUUGUGUUUUUCGUUAUGAUAUGUAAAUUCACUAUGGCCUUCGAUGGGAAAUUGGAUUCGUAAGCUAUUAGAAAUAUGGAAUAAACAUGUGCAUUGGCAGGUGCAAAAUAUAAUUUUGGAAGAAAAAAAUGGUAUUUGUAUAUUAGUAUAAAAUUGCUAAAAUAAUAUUUUCUAGAAUAUUCGAUUAGGAUGUGUACGCUUAGUCAAUUUUCUAGAAUAAUGUAUUUGUAUUUUUUUUAGCACUUCAAAACUCUAUAAGAAUGGUGAUGCUUUGUUCUUUUAGUGCCUAAA